AUGCCUUCUUCUAGAGCGGCCGACAACACAAUCGACCGCAAUGCCACUGCGCCGGCCCCCACACCUAACCGCUACCAAGGUCCGUUUUCUGAGCCAGCCCGCGAGAGUGCGAAGGCAGCUGAUACACUUGCGCCAACGCAGGGAGGUGACCCGCGACGCGGCAGCGCAGGCUCCAUCCGCGUAAUCGACUUCCACGCGCCAGGCGUCACGAGCGACAGUGAUAAUGUGUGUGCUGUCACCACAUCCUCAGGGCAUGCAGCACCGCUAUCGCUGGAGGCGCGGCUGGCAGCUUUGCGCUCACGCCGCCUUGCGCGAGAGGCGCGCGCCAUCGGCGCGUCGGGAUCGGCGGUGAGCGCAUCAACCGCACCUGCGCGUCUGCCUGUUGCUCUCGCCGAACCCGCAAGAGAUGCUGUGGAACGUCCGUGUCUGGGCCACACGCUGCCUACGUUCCCACUACCACCCGGUCCGCUGGCACCGACGUUCACCUCGACCACUCCAACAGGGGCCUCAGAGCCGGCAGCCCAGUCCGCUGCCGCAACCUUCACCUUGGCGCCCCGUACCGCUAACAAUGUUAACAAGGUCGUCGCCGCUGUUAAUUCUACCACGCUCGGGGACGCUUGCUGGACGAGGUACGCAACCACGUCCCGCACAGAGACCCCCAACGCAGCGCCUUGCUCAAGCGCCUCCGUCCAGGCUGACAAGGCCGGGCAUCAUCCUGCACAGGUUGGCCGGAUGGCGUCGCAGCGUUGCUUUCCCUCCACGACGUCCUCCGUCAUGACAACCGCAUUUUCCGAGUCCCCGGUGUCCACAAACGCCGCUACGGCCUUCUCGGUGCGGGGCAGCCUGCCAUCGCAAGCGGUCGGGGCUGCACCGAGGAAUAAUGACAAGAGUGAGCCUGCGCCGCGACAUCGCGGACAGCGUUCUGCGGCUGAAGUGUCCUCACUUCGGUACCACCCGAUCAACGAUACCCAGGCAGCCAGGCGACUCUUCCCCGACGACACGGCACCUUCCAUCUAUGUAUCGCCGCUUGACACCGCGGCCGACGCUAUCCGGGGCACAAGCCCUGAGCAUGUUGAGGCGCAGCACCUUUCCCCUCUCCCGGCUGUGCAACCGCCACGCAUGUCGACUCUGGAGCAGGAUGGCGGAUGUCUCUCCCGUACUACCUCGACGCCAGAGAGGACCGGAUUGCCAUCAAUUGUGGAAAUACAAACGCUUUUGCCGACGGCAAUCUCGUCGUCAACCGGCCUCCCUACUGCUUCACGUGGCAUGGCCCGGCGUUACGGUGUCCACGCAUCACUCCGGUGCACGACAGGCGAUGCCCCGCCCUCCACCGCUUCCGCUCCUAUUCGUCCAUUUGCGCCGUUUGCGCGCCUCAUCACCACCCCACCGCGCGAGGGCUGCCCGUCCCCGCAGCCGCUCUCCGACGACAAGUCGUGGCUGAGCCGGCGGGACUUCGUUGUCCCCGGUGUGUGCUUGCACCGAGAUAGCCCCCCCACGGGAUGCACGCAGAGCACAUCUCACGAAUGCUCAUACCCGAGGCGGGUGACCUCGGCCGAGACUACCUCGUCAACUGAGGCUCGGAGUGCACGGCUGUACUCGUCGUCUGCCGAACGCGACACCUCGGUCAGCUCUGCCUUCUCGGGGAAGAUGCCCAUCUUUUCGUCAUUUCGGCGCCGCGUGAUACCGGCCGUAACGAGCCGUGUGUCGUCGUCGCCUUCGCAUGCACGCACCAGCGCACGCCACUCACUCCUCAGCAGUGCUGUCUGCACAGCCUUACUCACCACAGCCGUCCGCUCCAAGUACAAGCUGCUUGACGACAAAACCACAGUGUCGACGAAGGAGUCCGCCGAGCGAGACACCAUCGCGGAGGAGCUGGCGAUGCAGCUUCGUCUGAGCCGCUUGAAGUCGGAGUUGACGCGGCAGCGAAUGGAGCAGCGGCGACGUGGUGGGCACAUCAGCACUCUGUGA